AGAAGGAUGAAGAAGAAGGGAAAACCCAAAAUAAAAGCAUCCCACUUUAAAGUUUAUUCAAUAUUCUUUCAUUUUCUUCUCUGGAACUGUAGCUGCCCAAUCUCAAAUUCCAACCUUCAAUCACACACAAAUUUUGCUCUGCUAAUUUGCCCUAUUUAAUAUAUUGGGUGAAGUGAAGUUGCAGUCAUGAAUUGAGUUUAUUUUGGUAGCUUAAUUGUCACAGUCAAGGGAAACGGGUAAAAGAUUGAGAAUGCUUUGGUGAUCUCUAGAGAGAAAAAAACAAUUAUGGUUUCAAUUGGUGAUGGUGAGGAUAUUGUGGGAAGUGAGGAGUCUAGUGUUGGUAAAGUCAAGAGUCAUGCACCUCUACACAUCUCAACAUCUCAGAGAGGUCUUAUAAAUGAAGAUAGCUCGGGGAGAGGAUCCGAUGGCGGUUUCUCCGCUAUCUCUAAAAGGCUAAGGUUUCUUAAAUUUGGCAACUUAGCGUCGCCUUCAGCUAGGUUUCAGCGGAUUGCAGAGGGGAAGGAUGAGGCUUCACGUGCUGUACCUUCUUCCGGUAGUCUCCAUAUACGUGAGCGCUUCCAUAGGAUAUUUUCGCGUAAAAUGGACUGGAAUAACCUUGUGAAAAUGGGGAAAGAAUGGAUAAGAGAUCCUAUGAAUAUGGCACUCUUUGUUUGGAUUGCAUGUGUUGCUGUUUCCGGUGCUAUCUUGUUCAUGGUCAUGAUUGGCAUGUUGAACCAUGCCCUGCCCAAGAAGUCGGAGAGGGAUGCUUGGUUUGAAGUCAAUAAUCAGAUCCUCAAUGCUUUGUUCACUCUCAUGUGUUUAUACCAGCAUCCGAAGCGAAUAUAUCACCUGGCACUACUGCUUAGGUGGAGGGAAGAAGAUAUUCUAAAGCUUCGGAAAGUUUACUGCAAACAUGGUACUUACAAACCCCACGAAUGGGCACAUAUGAUGGUGGUUGUAGCCUUGCUGAACUUAAACUGCUUUGCUCAAUACGCGUUAUGUGGUCUUAACUUGGGAUACAAGAGGUCGGAGCGACCUGCCAUUGGUGUUGGAAUAUGUAUCUCGUUCGCAAUUGGUGCCCCUGCAGUUGCUGGAGUGUACACUAUGCUUAGCCCUCUUGGGAAAGAUUACGAGACUCAGUCAGAUGAGGAAAUGCAAAUUCCAGUUACGACCGAGGAUAGUAGUAGCAGAGACCAAUCUAGGAGAGAAUCGCUAGAAAAGAGAUUCUCGUUUGCGAUGAGAGACGAUGGAAGAACACUGGAGACGAGACCAAGUUGGAGUGGAGGCAUUCUUGAUUUUUGGGAUGACAUUUCUUUAGCUUACCUUUCACUGUUCUGUAGCUUCUGUGUUUUCGGAUGGAAUAUGGAGAGGCUCGGGUUUGGCAAUAUGUACGUCCACAUCGCAACUUUUCUUCUGUUUUGUAUGGCUCCCUUUUGGAUAUUCAACCUGGCUGCUGUUAAUAUUGAUAACGAGACCGUUAGGGAGGCAUUAGGCAUCACCGGGAUAUUCCUCUGUGUUUUUGGUCUACUCUACGGUGGGUUUUGGAGAAUUCAGAUGAGAAAGAGAUUUAAUCUGCCUCCUUCGAAAUUCUGCUGUGGCAAACCAGCUGUGACCGACUGUGCCAUGUGGCUUUUCUGCUGUUGGUGCUCGUUGGCUCAGGAAGUAAGAACUGGGAAUGCAUAUGAAAUCGUGGAAGACAAGUUUUACAAGAAGAACUGCGAGCAUAUGCCUAUGUCCCCAUUGAAUCGCGAGGGUGGUGAGUUCCGAUCUCAUCCCACUUCACCGUUAGGGAACAACAUCCCAUCUCCAUCCCGUGUUACAAAGGGCAACUCGCCUAGUCCCAGCCGAUUAUCCAAGGAGUACAACAGCCCCGGGAGGCAGCUCGCGUUUAUUGAAGAAGAAUCUUCUGCGAGAGUUGAGGAUGAAACAAUGACAGCACCAACAAUCUCAGUUAUUCGACGAGAAGAUGAUUAGCUCAGCGCAAGUUUUGGAAUCGUCAGGUAACACUGUAAUAUUGAUACAUGUAGCUUAAGUGUUGAGAAUUCUUUUAUUUGGAGAUAUAUUGCUCUGUUAUUGUGUGA